CAAAUAUAGUUAACAAGAUGUUGAGUGUUGUGACAGGCAACAGUUCCAACAUGAGUGACACACUUCCAGGUGCAACAUCAUCUUGCAUUCCAUGGAGAACAACAUACCUGAAAUAUGCUAACAAUGAAGUUUAUGUUGAUCUUGUUGAAGAAAUGGAUGCAAUUGUAAACAGGGAUGGGGUCCUGGUGAAAUGCAAGAUAUAUGGUGAAGUGCAAGUGAACUCCCAUCUCUCAGAUGUUCCUGAUUUGACUCUUUCAUUUGCAAACCCUUCUAUUCUUGAUAAUGUAAGAUUCCAUCCAUGUGUUCGAUUUUUUCCUUGGGAAUCCCAACAAAUUCUGUCAUUUGUGCCUCCUGACGGACAGUUUAAACUGAGGAGCUACAAGUGUGUGGUGUUAAAGGGACACUAGGUUAUUAAAAU